AUGCUUGCGUGCCUAACGAUUCUGACUGCCAUGGUGGCGUUAGCCAAGGGAGCGUGUACAGUAAAUAUCGAGUCCCAGUUAAACGCCGAUGCACCAUUGCUUCUGCUUAACAAUCAGUUAUGGGCGCCAAAUGGAGAUACGCUGCGGAUGGAUGCGGGAGAUAUAAUACAGAUUGCCUGUCCACGCAGGACGAUCGUAAACACCGGAACCGUCACGGCCGACAUUCAGUGUGUGUUCGACCAGACGUUCAAUCUUGGUGGAAUCCUUGUGGACAUUUCCAGUGUCUCUUGUGCUAAUCGUCCACCUCACCCGAUGAGUUCUAUUCAAAAUACGCAUCAGCUUUGCGGAAAUGGUGGAACCUUGCUCAAUAUUGGGUUCGUAGUGCCUGACUUUAUACCCUUUGUGACAUACAUCCAGUCGUGUUACAAUUUGCAAACGAAUUCGGCCAUUUACUCCCGCCAUGUAAUUAGAGGACAGGCUAUCAACGACAAGAUUGUUGAUAGAAGAAAAACUUCGUUCAGAGCUGGCGAUAUUGACACAAAGUUCCGGGACGCUUAUCUCCAGAGAAGUCAGCAAACACGUUUUCGGAACCUUUUAGGACCCGUAGGAGGAAACAGAUAUUUCGUUACAAACGCAAAGUUUCUAGCCCGUGGACAUCUUGCACCGGACGCGGAUGGUAUCUUUCGUCCCUGGCAGCAGGCAUCCUACUACUACGUCAACGCCGUUCCAAUAUGGCAGAAAGUGAACAAUUGUAACUGGAAGGCAGUUGAGAAUGCUGCCCGCGAAAUGGCAGCCAGGUUGAGGGAGGAUGUGCUGAUCUUUACCGGUGUCCAUGACAUUUUGACACUUCCGAACGACCAUGGUCACCAAAUUCCAAUCACGCUUCGAGUUGAAGGUAUUGAAGUACCGAAGUGGAUAUGGAAGAUCAUAAAAUGGCCAGAAAUGGACGCAGCAAUGGUUCUAGUUACUCACAACGAUCCGUUCCGGCAAGAUGCUCUGCCUGCUGAUGAACUGUUGUGUCCCGAUGUGUGCGCACAGUACGGUUGGACUAAAGAGAAUUACAGAGACUCUGAACGAGGUUACACUUACUGUUGUACGGUGGCUAGUUUGCUUCAUGUUAUUCCUAGCAUUCCGCCUGAGGCGCAUUCGACCAAUGUGCUGCAUUUUAAUACAUUCAACUAA